CCCACGCGGUUCCUGGUCCGGGUCUCUGGUUCCUCCUGAAGCUACUACUGACCGGGAAAGUGAGGCUCAGACGGGGAGGUGCGCUCCCCAAACCCCGAGGGGACCUGUUUCCUUUCCUUGGAUCCGCUGUGAAAGGCCGGGUCCCCGGCCACCGGCAUCUUCCCCGAGCCUCCAAUUUUUCCAGCAAGGGGGUGAUCGAGGCGACAUUUAGGACUUGGGCGUGAGAGAGAGUGGCUGUUCUUGGUCCCUAGUUACUCGAGGACCUGCAAACUAGGGGUGUAGCCUAGGUGACGCCGCCUGUGGCUGAGGUGGCGCCGGGAUUUGGACCCGAGUCCAGCAGAGUCCAGCCUUGGGUUUCGCGAGGCCCUGGAGAACCAAGAUGACCCACUCUUUGGUUUGUCCGGAGACAGUGAGCAGGGUGAGUUCCGUGCUGAAUCGCAACAGCCGGCAGUUUGGAAAGAAGUAUCUUUUUGACCAAGACGAAGAGACGUGCUGGAACUCGGACCAGGGCCCCUGCCAGUGGGUGACACUGGAAUUUCCCCAGCGCAUCUGUGUCUCCCAGCUGCAGAUCCAGUUCCAGGGGGGCUUCUCCAGUCGCCGGGGCCGCCUGGAAGGGUCACAGGGGAGUGAGGCCCUCCACAACAUUGUGGACUUCUACCCCGAGGACAACAAUUCCCUUCAGACAUUCUCUGUGCCGGCUGCUGAGGUGGACCGCUUGAAGGUGACAUUUGAAGACACCACUGACUUUUUUGGCCGCGUGGUCAUCUACCACUUGAGAGUGCUGGGGGAGAAGAAGGUCUGAGACCUCUGGGGAUGGGGAGGACACCUCUCAAGGAAGCCCUCAGGGAAUCACAGCAAAGUCCUUUAAUUUCUGCACAGAAGGUUUAUUGGUUCCUCUUGGGAAGGGUCCCCUCCCACUUCCUGUCCAGGAGCUGCCUUUGAAGCCAGUUCUGGGUUCUCCCAGCUCUGGGUCGACCAUUUGGUUCCCUGAGUGUCUGUGUCCCCAACAGGCAGCCUUCACUCCGGGUCAGUGGGCCCCAGGUUGCUGUGGAACAGUUUGAGGAUGUGGUUCUCGAUUACCUGUUGCACUGGAGAUGGGUGGGGAAAAGGUAGCCGCUGGAAAGGAAGCUGUAGAGCCAACAGGCACCAUCCCAACCUGCACCGUUGCCCUGGGGAUGAGCCAGGGCUUUACAGCCCUGGGGCCUGGAUGGAAGACCCCCUAUACAGACAACAGGGUCCGUGCCCCUCCCAGAGCAAGAGUGGCAGGGUCAAGGCCUCCUCCCAGAAACAUCAACUUCCCCUGAGUUUGUAAAAAUUCCCUUCCUUUCUUCCUUCCUCCCUUCUAUUUCUUUCUUCAGUGCUGGGGAUGAAACUCAGGGCCUCAUGGGACAGGCAAGUGCUCUACCACGGAGCCUCACUCCAGGCCUUAGAAAUGCGUUCCCUGCCCCCUUGUGGUACCAGGAAUCAGACCCAGGGGCACUCUGAGCUACAGCCCCAUCCCUUCUUAUUUUUGAGACAGGGUCUCACUAAGUUGCCCAGGCUGGCCUUGUAAUGCAUUUCUUGAGCCUUUUGGAGUUAUAAAAGACUUCUUACCAAACAAAA